CGCCCCGGGCAGCGGGGCGGGGCUGCGGGCGGCGGCGGCAGCAGCGGCAGGCGGCGGCGCGGCACGGCGCGGUGCGGUGCGGUGCGGUGCUCUCGGCGGACUGCUCGGGAAGGGCGCCCCGUGGCCGCCACGACCCCCGGUGGCGCUGUGCCUCCUGCCUCUCCCCGCCCCGCACGGCCGCGCCGCUCGGAGCCCCGGCGGCGGGGGGGCGGUGCGAGGCAUGAAGCUGAGCAAAGCCCAGUACGACGAAAUAGCGCAGUUCCUGGGGCACGUGCAGCCCACCCGGCAGAGCCUGCGGAAGCUGAAGGAGAAGUUCCCUAGUCAAUCGCAGUCCACUCUGCUGAGCAUCUUCUCCCAGGAGUACCAGAAACAAAUCAAAAGAACACAUGCCAAGCAUCACACUGCUGAAGCUGUUGAAACUUACUACCAAAGGUACCUGAAUGGGGUGAUGAAAAAUGCAGCUGCCCCUGUGUUACUGGAGCUGGCCAAUGAGGUGGACUUUGCCCCAUCAUUGAUGGCCCGUAUUGUGUUAGAAAGAUUUCUGCAAGAACGGGAGCAAGCCAUCCCAUCCAAAACUCUUAUUAAUAGUAUGCUACGGGACCCUUCUCAGAUUCCAGAUGGAGUUCUAGCAAAUCAAGUCUAUCAGUGUACUGUGAAUGACUGUUGUUAUGGACCACUGGUGGACUGCAUCAAACAUGCUAUUGGGCAUGAGCAUGAAGUCUUGCUGCGAGAAAUGCUUUUGGAAAAAAAUCUCUCUUUCAUAGCCGAAGAUCAGCUUCGUGCUAAAGGUUAUGACAAAACACCAGACUUUAUUUUAGAAGUGCCAGUAGCUGUUGAAGGACACAUAAUUCACUGGAUUGAAAGCAAAGCCUCAUUUGGUGAUGAAAGUAGCCACCAAGCCUACUUGCAGGACCAGUUUUGGAGCUACUGGAAUAGUGAUGCUGGAAAACAGAAUAAGCUGAUUUGGUACAGAAGCUGUAUUUCAGUUUGCUUAGUACUUGACUGAAGGAAGAUUCAGUAACGUUUUGUAGUACUUGCAAGGUGCCCAACUUGUUCUAAAAUCUUCACAGUAUAACAAGUGUGGUUUGUAUGUAAAGAACUUUAUUGCUUAUUGUCAGUGUAUCUAAAUCGUUUCACUUUUUUUCAUAAAACAUUUUUGGUACAUUAUCUACAUGUAACACAAUAAUACAUUCUUUUCAAGCUAAAAAAAAAUAUUUAAAGGAAUAUAUGAAGAGAAGUGAGUUAUGCUGGACAGAAUUUUUGAACAUUGAUUUUGUUGGUAUAAAGAUCCUUUAAAGACUUAAAAUAGUUCUUCUUUAUUCUUAUAAAGGUUUUUAUUGUGUAUAAUGAAGAAGACUUAACACUGGGGAGGACUCUUUUUGUUGUUUAAAUCCUACACAAGAUACUCAUCUUAAUUCUGUCUUUGUAUGUGGUGGAACCCUAAGCAAGGCAGUAAGUGAGGUAAAUGCAAGUUUUAAUAAAGGAUUUGUGAUAGCAUAGAUUAAGAAGUCUUUCUGGUGUUUACAAGGUCGUUUCCGUGAAAUCUGAGGGAUAGUGGAGAAGAUGGCACAAAUAUGUUUGAACAUGCAUCUAACAACAUAUGCCAACGUCAGUUGCCAGUCUGUGGUGACCAUCAGUAUUUCAGCUAAAUGUAAUAAAUGCCAAUGUGAAAAUUGCUAGCCUUAGCUUGGGAAAUGCCUUUAAAAGCAGUUUCUGUAGGAUGCAGCAGAGAUAGAAAAACUAUAUUUUGAGAAUAACACUAUCAGAAUGCAUGAUUAUGCUCUGUCAAAACAGUUGUUGAUAUGAGGAGGGCCUGUGCUUAUUUGAUAAUCCCAGAGAGCAGUCAAUUGGAGAACUUGAACUGAGGUUAUGGGAACCUCAGGAAGACUGUCCAUUGUUGGAUGAAGAUGUUGUGCUACAGGAAAAUUAUAGACAAGAAUUUGUGAGAUAUAUAACCAGAGUACAAGACUUAGAAACAAUUUUGAGUAUGUAACAACAUCUAGGCAAUUAGUGAGAGUGGCAGGAAAGAUGCUGAUGCAAAUGGUGCUGAACUUGCACAUCAGUGUAAUGAGCAGCUUAGGCUGUGAGGGGUCAUUAAAUAUACUGACUAGAAUAUUUUCAGUGGGUAUGUGUUUGAGGGGAUAGUGUAAGAGGAAAGCAGCUCUACGUGAAUUUUAAAUGGAUAACAUGGGUAUAAAGGUACAAAGUUGAGGUGGGGAGAGAAAGGUAGAUAGACAAGUGGGAUGAAGGCAUUGAUCCAUUUCAGGUUUGCAGUAAAAUUGCUGUUGCAUAGUCAAACUUAGUUUUUGUCUUUUUCUGCUAAAUAAAAUGACUAUGUUUUGGCUUGAGCUAUAACAUGUAAAAAACUUGAAAAUACUGGCUAUCCUUUGAACCUGACAUUUCUGAAAGAAACUUCUCUUAUGCUUUUAUCAGGAAACCAAUACAUAGCUAACUUCAUUUUAAUUUCAGUUUUAUCAUGUGAUAAUUAAUAUUUUAACUUCAAAAAUAGAAUAAAACUGAACUGUUAGUAAAAUACUUCUAAUGUUGCAAAAGCUAGACUGAAUUGAAAUAGGGAUCAUUAGAAAUGUUUUGAAAGUAGUUUUCAGAUUUUGCCUAAUCUUUUUUUAUAGUUAUUUUAUAGAAAGCAUCUAGAAAAAUUGGUAAUUCUUACAUAUGUAAGGGCUUUACAUUCAUAUGAAGGAAACUAGAAAUCUCCCUACUGGGAUGUGUUAUUCCCUAAAUCCAGAAUUUAAUGUUAGGUUAACUAUGGAAGUAAGGCAUAAUUCUGUUUUUUUGGGGGGUGUUUUGGUGGUGGUGGUUUUGUUUUUGUUUUGUUGGGUUGGGUUUUUAUUUGUUUGUUCAUUUCAAUUUUUGGUUUUGUUUUGUAACAAACAAAUCCUGUUAAUUUUAAAUUUUAAUUUUGGUACUACUUGGUUAAACUAACACUAUUGCAUCUUCUGAAAUGAGUUCUGAAUUACUACAGCUUCUUCUCAUAUAAUGGCAGUUGGAUUAAUGAACAUUUGAUGACUGAUUAGGUUGCACGAAGGUUAAACAGUUACCUUUCAUUCCUCUCUGAAACUAUUCAAGAAAAAACACAGGUGUAGCUGGACAAAAUGCGCAUCAGUUUUGAGUGGUUUAAUGAAUCAGCCAAUUGUGGUUUAAUGAAUCAAGGAUCUCUCAAGUGAGAACCAGUUUCCUAGGCAAUUCAUAUGUACCUGUAUCUUUCCUUUCCACCUGAAGGAGGAAUCUUUCGGAGAAGAUGCAUCAGUUCAUAACAGAUGUAUCAUGAUCAUCCUUCAGGGUUCUGUAAACCUGAUCUGUUGGUUGAAGUUAAAGUUCAGUUGAAAUUGGAGAGAAAUGCUGUAACAUCACCUGCUAGAUGGGGGUAGAAAUACAUGCCUAGAAAUACAUUCACUUUGAAAGGAGUGAAUGUGAAAGGUUUUAGAUCUUUUCCAUGGAGCUUUUUUUGUUUCUGUAAAAAGUAAGACUGAGACUGGAAUAGUUUCUGGGUGUUUUUCCACAUCUGUAACAGAUGUAAAUUUAAUUCUGCACACAGUCUGACUGAAAGCUUUGAACGUAGCUAUGGUUUGUUUGCUGUAAUGCGUAUGUUUCAUUAAAUCCUGUAGUCUGUGCUAACUAAAUCUGUGAGUGUCUUAAAUUGGCCUGUACUGACAGGAAAGAAAAGGCACUUUCUCAUUUAACAGAACGGCUCCCUAGAUUCAGUCAACCAUGUCUAUUCACCUCAGUGCAAAAGAACACCUUUUUAUUGCUCUGAGUUCUGCAGGGACAGCUUAGCAAGGUUUUUUUAUGGCUCAUACAUCAAUGGUAUUGUUAAGCAAUUUUUGGUUGCAGUGCCACACUUGCAACUUCAUCUUCAAAUUAAGCUUCACAUUAAAAAUGCACAAAGUGUACUUUGUCAGUGGGUUUGCACAGUUAUAAUUUAGGACACUGUUUAGAUAUUGAGAAUUUUCACUGAUAAACAAAAAAAAAAGCAAGUUCAGUCUUACGUUUUCCCAGGCUGGUUUUGGAGAGUGAUGUUUAGGAAAAAGCUAUCUUAUACACCGAACAAACUUAGUAUAAAAUGAUUCAUGUACUCACUGAAACCCUUCAUUCUACCUAUUCUACCUGUUUAUUCCUCCAAAACAAUGGUAUCCACUGAGCAGGCUGCAACUUUCACUGCCACUGUGUAAACAAAACAACUGCAUGUGCAUAACAUAACAUGCAGUUCAAAUAGUAAUUAGUGGACGCUGCCAGUGACUUGCUGCAAGCAAGUCAAAUACAGCAAUUUACAUUUUGUACCUUCUGCAAUACGUACCUUCUGGAAUGUAAUUUCUAGAGUACAAGGAGAAAGCUUGAUGCCAUUGUUAGCAUUUAGCGUUAGCUAAAGAAACUUUACUAUACAUGCGGGAGAGACUGUAGGAAAAUGUCAUAUUUGAUACUGAUAUUAAAAUGAAGGUAAUUUCACACAGUUGAAAGAGAAUAAUUUCAUUCUGUUUGACUAAGAAUAAUAAGUCAUGACUGUAGUAAAUUCCUUUCCCCCCUUUGCUAAAUGUCAUUAUUUUUGUUUGUUUGUUUUGAAAUAAUAAGUGCAAGUUUCUCAUAAUUAAUUUUAAAAUAGUAGCCACGCUUUUCUGAAAACUAAGUUCAUGAUUAACUCUGUUGUUAAUUAAUGCAAUAUGUCUGCUCUUGAGACUUUGGUUUAUAACCAAUAGUCUGAGUAAUGAAAUCACCAAGUCCUAUAGAACAAAAAAAAGGUCUUUCAGAUAAAUGUGAAAAGAAAAAAAAUAGAGUGUUCAUUUCAGUUACAAACACAUCUGUUCUAUUAGUUUCUUUUUGAGAAGAGUGUUCUGUUCAUAUUCAUUUGUAGUUGACGCUAAGAAUGAAUCAUUUGUGAGCAAAGACUGAAUGAGAACAUCAAAAUGAUGCACUUUUUUUUAAUGUUCUACUGUUUAAAAUGGUUUGGCAUUAUGUUACUGUGAAGACUGCCUAAAUAAUAAUUGUUGUCUGAUUGUAGGUGGUAGGGGAAGAGGGAAUCGUGCUGUGGGCUUAUGGAUGCAUGUUCUAUAACAGUAUCAAUAUGAUCCAAUUGAAAAUUGUUUAAAAAGUUGUACUGGUGGGUUGAAAGCCAGUGGUAUAACAACUCGACUUGGAGGAAACGUUGGGAGUUGCAUUUGUCAAGUAGCUAGGAAAACCGUUCAUGCAUACCCAGUAUCCAAAGCUUCAUUGGCAGCCCAAACAUAAAGAACUGAAAGGUCAUUCUUCUUCUUGCAGUGCGAUGGUUUGUUGACAUAUUUUGACACACUGGUACAAUGCUGAAAGGUUUUGACCUUACUGCAACACUGAGGGACUUAGGGUUUGUUUAGCUAUCUAAUACUCUUAGAUUUUCACACGUUGGAUUUGCUCUGUUGCUGCUUCUCUCCCUCCUGACUCCAUUUGAAUUAGUAAAUUAAUCUUAAAUAAACCAUUGAUGUAGACAGAAGGGGGGGGGGGUAUGAUGGUUUUGCAACUUAGGACUAGGUAUAGAUGUUUCUAUAAAAAAUAAUUUAUUUAUUUUAGAAUCUGCCAUACCAACUUGCUCACCUUAAAAGCAAUGAGUAAGAUAGGUUUGCUUCUAGACAAAAAGAAUCAAAAUCAGUGAAAUAAUGCUUCCUACUAGUUUACUGUAUUCAGUAGUUUAAUUUGUGAAGAUGAUAAAAUUCUGUGUUCUCCUCUCAGAUAUAUAUGUACACACAGACAGAGGCACACCUCUGCUCUUCACAAAUAUUCUAGAUACACUUAGCUUAUCUCCAGUGAAUCACUGCUUUAUUUAUUUAACAACAUGAACAGUAUCAAACUCAACAUGCAGUUUAUGCGUUUGUUUUUUUUGUUGUUGUUUGUUUUGUUUUGUUUUGUUUUGUUUUUACUUUAUCAUAAAAGUAACAUCUUUACAUUUUACUGGUCAUCACCUCAUUCAAUAAGGUGACUGAAUAACAGACCAUGAAGAUGUCUUCCAUCAAGACCACACCUCAUGCCUAGCAUUGCUAUAACAUUAAUUGUUGUGCUGAUUAUUUUAGACUAUUUUGUAUCAAAACGCCUUUUGUCAAAACAGACCAUACUGUAUACUGAUUAGUGUAUAUUAAAAAGUAGUAAAUGAGGCAC